AUGGCCGCCGGCAUCCGACCAAUCAGCGGUGCCGACCUCACCUGCCCUCACCAAGAUGGCCGCCCCGGACCGAGUCUCCCCUUCGACCGCAUGAAAAUGGAGGCGGAGAAGCGGCAGUUGGUGACAUCGCUGCGGACGGAGCUGAGCGGCGCGGCGGCCGGAAAGCGAGGAUGGGGAGACGUCAACGUCAACGUCAGCGCAGCGGCGGGAAAGCGAGGAUGGGGAGACGUCAACGUCAACGUCUGCGCGGUGGCGGGAAAGCGAGGAUGGGGGGAGACGUCAACGUCAGCGCGGCGGCGGGAAAGCGAGGAUGGGGGAGACGUCAACGUCAACGUCAGCGCGGCGGCGGGAAAGCGAGGAUGGGGGAGACGUCAACGUCAACCAACAAACAAAAAACCACCCCGGAACCAACAUGCCGCGUUUCGCCCUCCACCCGGACGCCUGAGACCCGCCGUCCCGCGUUGCCAGCGCCGGUGCGCCGCCCUAAAGCGUCCCCCUCCCGCCGGAAGUGCCUUUGUGGACAAGAUCCAGGAUCUUGCUCCGCUACAGGAUCUUUGCUUUGGACAAGAGGUCGCCACCCAAACGCAUGUGGUGCGGGAAUCCAGCUACAGAAAUAAGCAGUGCAACAAGCGCUCCCAGUCCAGUCACCUGCUGGAGCACCAGCGCACCCACACCGCGGAGCGGCCCUACACCUGCGACCAAUGCGGCAAGAACUUCGUCUGCUCCAGCAGCUUGCUGUCUCACCAACGCACCCACACCAGGGACCGCCCCUACGCCUGUGCCCAGUGCGGCAAGAACUUCACCCAGUCCAGUCACCUGCUGAAGCACCAGCGCACCCACACUGGGGAGCGACCCUACACCUGCACCCAAUGCGGCAAGGGCUUCAUUUGCUCCAACAGCCUGCUGGGGCACCAGCGCACCCACACCGGGGAGCGCCCCUACAUCUGCACCCAGUGCGGCAAGGGUUUCAUCCGUUCUAGUCACCUGCUGGAGCACCAGCGCACCCACACCGGGGAGCGCCCCUACAUCUGCACCCAGUGCGGCAAGGGUUUCAUCCGUUCUAGUCACCUGCUGGAGCACCAGCGCACCCACACCAGGGAGCGCCCCUACACCUGCGCCCAGUGCGGCAAGAGCUUCACCCAGUCCAGUCACCUGCUGAAGCACCAGCGCACCCACACUGGGGAGCGGCCCUACACCUGCACCCAAUGCGGCAAGGGCUUCAACUGCUCCAACAGCCUGCUAGGGCACCAGCGCACCCACACCGGGGAGCGCCCCUACAUCUGCACCCGGUGCGGCAAGAACUUCACCCAGUCCAGUCACCUACUGAAGCACCAGCGCACCCACACCGGGGAGCGGCCCUACACCUGCACCCAGUGCGGCAAGCGCUUCACCCGGUCCAGCAACUUGCUGGUGCACCAGCGCAUCCACACCGGCGAGCGCCCAUUCACCUGCACCCAGUGCGGCAAGGGCUUCAACCAGUCAAGCACCCUGCUGGUGCACCAGCGCACCCACACUGGCGAGCGCCCCUACACCUGCGUCCAGUGCGGCAAGGGCUUCAGCAUCUCCUCCAAGCUACUGUCCCACCAGCGGGUGCACACCGGAGAGAGACCCUUUGUGUGCGCUGAGUGUGGCAAGGGUUUCACCCACAUGUCCAGCCUGUGGCAGCACCGGCGUACCCACAGCGGU